GAUAAUUUUCUCAUUUCAAAAUUUAUUUUGUAAACAAGUCAUUGUUUGCCAAUGGUGCUUUAGAGCUGUUGAAAAAAGCGUUGAUAAAGCCAAUUAUGCUCGAGACUGUAAUGCGUGUUGGGGUGUUGUUUUGGCAUCUGUGUUUUAUCCAAUGGGAAUUUCCAAACCGAUAAGACCAAACGGAUAUGUAGAUAUAAAAACAACACAAUUUCGAGGAAACAUCUUCAUUCGUCUCAUAACAAUCGUUCAAAAUGGCUGGCAGCUUAUUCAACUUUAAAUGGGUAGUAAUUCUUUUGGCUAUUAUAAAAGUGACCAAAGGUACGCCUCAUGAUAAAUGGCAGAAAGUGGAUGAAGCUGGCAAAAUAUUCAUAGAGCAGGAACAAAAGUUUACUUGGUUCGAAGCCAACAAUGAAUGUGCCAUACGAAAUAUGACCUUAAUUGCUGUGGAUACAUUUGAGAAAAAUCAAGUCAUCGAUUCAUUGUUAAGGAAAAAAUUUCCUGUUUCUCCAAAUUUAUGGAUUGGUGGCAGUGACCUUGGUCAAGAGGGCAAGUUCAUAUGGUCUUCCACAGGCAAAAGUUUCGAGUUCACAAACUGGCAACACCAGCAACCUGAUAAUAGUAAAAAUGAUGAACAUUGCGUCCAUUAUCGUAUCAAUUCCGACUUUGAAUGGAAUGAUGCACAGUGCUGGGGUAAAAUGGGCUUUAUUUGUGAGGAAAAUCGUUUCUUGAUGGAAGCCCGCCGAGAUUUGGAAAUUAAGAAAAAUUUCAUAGAACAAUUGUUUUCAUUGUAACUUUUUGGAAAACAAAUUAAAUAAAGGACAACAUUUUUUAUUAUU